AUGAGUGGUUCGAGCACAACAACAUUAACGGUGCUGUCUCUCAACUGUUGGGGUCUUGCCGUAAUAUCAAAGUUGCGGCCACAAAGAAUGGAAGCAAUAGCUGAUGCCCUGGCGUCUUCAGCUUAUGAAAUAGUCGGGUUACAAGAGGUUUGGGUAUACGCAGACUAUGAGCUCAUCAUUUCAAGAACCAAAGCGAGAUUCCCUUAUGCAAAGUUUUUCCACAGCGCAGUAUUCGGUGGUGGACUAGCAAUUCUAUCGCGAUAUCCUAUCCUCGAAGCCUCCUUCCAUCCAUACAGACUGAAUGGUCGGGCAAUAAAUUUUUAUCAUGGUGAUUGGUAUGUUGGAAAGGGUAUCGCGAGUAUAGUCAUCGAUCAUCCGGUGGGAGGAUUCACCGAGGUGUUUAACACGCAUACACAUGCAGGAUACGGACCAAGAGAAAAGGACGAAUAUCUGAGUCAUAGGAUUGCACAAGGAUGGGAGAUAGCCAAUAUACUGAGAGCAUCUGCGGCACGAGGACGUAACGUCAUCGCUCUCGGCGACUUUAACAGCAGACCCGACACCAUAUUCUACAAACUUGUCACUACACACGGACAAGUAACUGAUGCCUGGAAUUUCCAACAGUCGACUGCGCCUAUAAUUUCAGAUAGCUCAUCCGCGAUUCAAGAAAAUGAAGAUGAAGAUAUUGAUGUCGACGCGGCAAUUAUUAAAAAAGGCUACACGUCAGACUCGCCCAAAAACACUUGGAGUGGGUCGCUGGAACAAGCAAAAAAGACAAAGAACUAUGGUCAGAGAAUUGAUUACGUGUUUUAUAGAAAGACUUCAAGGUUUUGGUGUAGCAACGCCAGAGUUGUGUUUACGGAAGUGAUACCAGGGUUGAAUUGUAGUUAUACGGAUCAUUUUGGUGUCGAGGCUACUUUCACGAUCGUAGGGGGUGGUAAAAGUUCGGUUAUUCCGUUGACCGUUUGGGAGCAGGGAGUGUAUGAUUACGAGCAUGAUUCAGAUUCUGCCACAUUUGAUGACAUGCUCGAGGUUUUCCGCAAGGACCUUGAGAAAUCCAUAUCAAAGCAAAAAUUUCACUAUGCGAUUUUUUACAUCUCUUCAUCUAUCGUUUUUAUGGGCAUCUUAAUGACCAUAAUUAUUCAAGCUGGUGCUCUUAGUCCACCGUCUUGGGUUGUUAUUAUCAUUACUAUUGCUGUAGCAUUGUUCGCCGCGCUUGGUACUAUAUUUGGGUUGGUUGGGCUGCUGUCUGGGAAUUCAGAACAAAAUGGUUUAAAGUUGGUGAUUGAAGAGGUAGAAUCAUGGACUGAAGGAAAGAAAAUAGUAGAGAGCAGGAGAACUAGCUACAGAGAUGAUGGAAGUGGUAGUCAGCGAUCGUCUGCUGUGGAGGGUGAUUUGAAAAGAUUAACUUGA